AUGUCCUCUGGACGGCCUAAUCCAAUUUUGAAGACCUCUCUUCCUUCGAUCCACGCAGCGACCGCUGCGUCUGGCCCCUCCAAUUCCGCCCCAAACCAUCGGGCGUCACCCUCUAACCCCCUUCAAAUGUCUCAACAACAACAACCACUACCUAGCUCAAUUGCAAACCGGACAGAUGUCGAUCCGCGCCAUUUAGCUAUUGCCUUACAUCAUGCGAAUCAAAUUCAGGCCCAGAAGGACACAGAGGUCCUGAUCCUCGACCGCAUUCUGAGACUGGUUGAACUUCCGUCCUCCCGUUCAGCAGAUCCUGCGUCACCCUCCCCCGACGAUGUUCGGGUGUUCAAAUCCGCCUUAGUCCCCUUUCAACCCGCCGACUACGACAACUUGAUUGAGGAGAGGAAUAUCGAGGGUCUCUGUGGCUACGGGCUAUGUCCUCGAGAGCGUCGCAAGGAAGAUGGCAGAGGCUCUUUUCGCAUAACAUGGGGUGCGAAGGGAAGUGGGCGGGGUGGCCGCGGGCGCGAAAUGGACAUCGUUCCGAAAGAGAAGCUCGAGAUGUGGUGUUCGAAUGAGUGCGCCGAAAGAGCCAUGUACAUACGAGUACAGCUGGCUGAAGAACCAGUGUGGGAGCGAAGGGCCGACGAUGCGCGUGGCAAACAUCUUGUCCUGCUGGAAGAGGCCAGGGCGAAAGAAGGCAAGGGCAAAAUGAGAGACCCCGUCUCUAUCCGCGACGUUGCUGGCCAGCUGGACAGCAUGCACCUGGAGAAACUACAAGGUCCUGGCGACAUGGCAGAUGAUAUUGCACGGCUCUCUGUUCGCGACGAGACUCGUUCACGAGAACUGGCCAUGGAACGAGGAGAUGUGCAUCCUGCCCUCUAUACUGGCAGAGUGAAUAUUCAAGUCCAAGAGAACGAUAACCCCCGCGGACCAGCUAGAGCACCGCAGAUGCGUCCUGGAGACGAGAAGGGAGGUUCCAUCGAAGGAUAUGUCCCUCAUGAGAACUAA